AACGAUGUCGUUUUACUCUGUUUUGCUUGUAAUUAAAACCUGUGCUUCCAUGGCGGGUAGUUGAUUCCGCAGCCCAACGGACAUUCCUAAAACCCUAGAAUCUCCAACCGUAAAAUGACGGCCACGGCGGAGCACGACCUCCUCCAUCCUUCAACCCCUCCGUGUCUCCACUUGCUCUCAGCUUUCCUCGCCAUGGAGCCCACCGACUCCCUCAUCGCCUUGGCCCGGGAAUGCGGCGGAGGGCGGGUUACUGAGAGAGUGCAGAGGUUCAUUUGGGAUCAUUGCAUGGGUAAAAAUGCUGGGAAAUUACACGCACCGUACCUGAAGAAAUUUCUGAAGAAGCUUAUUGCCGAAGUUGAGUUGAACUGCGGAGAUGUGUUGGAUGAGCUAUACGAGCAUUACGCCCAUUUCAUGACUUCCUUGAAGGACAGUGAUCUUGAAAGAGACAAUGCAAGGGUCUUCAAAUCCAUUUCGUUUCUGUUUCCCGAUGGUUGUUUGGAACUUACAAGUUGUCCUGAGUCGCGGAAGCUGAUGGUUCCCCUGCAAUGUUCGCUCAACAUGCUUGAAGGAGAUACCGGGUGUUCAGUUUGGCCGUCAAGUCUUUAUUUAUCAGAGUGUAUACUUUCGUUUCCCGACUUAUUUACUAAUAAGUCGUGCUUUGAGGUUGGCUCGGGUGUUGGUUUGGUUGGUAUCUGUCUUGCCCAUGUCAAGGCAUCGAAGGUGAUCCUAAGUGAUGGUGACCUGUCAACUUUAGCAAACAUGAUGGUCAAUCUGGAAUUGAACCACAUUAGCGUUGAAACUAAUAUGUCAGAAACUACCGAAGAUCCGUAUAUGGUAAAAACCGUAAAAUGCCUUCAUCUACCUUGGGAGUCUGUCUCAGAGAGUGAGCUUCAGAACCUCAAGCCAGACAUAAUUUUGGGUGCAGACGUAAUUUAUGAUCCCAUAUGCCUCCCUCAUCUUGUUCGAAUACUUGCUUUACUUCUAAACCAGAUGAAAUUGGAAAGUAAAGGUGCUGAUGGUAGCGUCAAUGGAUAUCGUCAAGGGAAUGGCAAUGGCGAUAAAUUUGAUGCUUUCCUAGCCAAAAGAACAGAUAACAGUGCCACAAAUGCUGGAUCAAAGAAAGGUUCGAUGGCUUUUAUCGCUACUGUCAUCCGCACUAUUGACACAUUCGAAAAAUUUUGUGCUUUGUUGGACUCGGCUAACCUUAUCAUCAAAGACGUAACUGAAACACUUCGGCCUUCGAAUUUGCUUCCGUACAUGCAGUCAUAUGAUCGAACCGCUGUUCGGCUGUUUGCCAUCUCAUGUAAAUAGGCUAUUUGAACUUCUAGUUAGGCACAUUGUUGCUCAACGGCUACAAAUGUACGGCAUGUUCCCGCGAUUUGAAGAUUUUUGUUGUAAAAGUUGUAAGAUUUGUUAAACUUGUAGGGUGCGUUUGUUGUAC